AUGGCACGUGAUCUCCAAGACGCGGUCUCGAAAAUGGAACAAGACAAGGAAGCCACCGUCUACAUCGGCAACCUCGAUGAGCGAGUAACGGACCACAUGGUGUGGGAGCUGAUGCUCCAAGCCGGCCGCAUCGCAAAUGUCCACCUACCCAAAGACCGCGUCACGCAAACCCACCAAGGCUACGGCUUCGUCGAGUUCAAGACCGAGGAGGAUGCGGACUAUGCGGCGAAGAUCAUGAACCAGGUGCGCCUGUACGGCAAACCGAUCCGGGUGAACAAGGCGUCAGCAGACAAGCAAAAGACCGUGGAAGUAGGCGCGGAGCUCUUCAUCGGCAAUCUCGACCCCAUGGUAGACGAGAAGACGCUCUUCGACACCUUCAGCCGAUUCGGCGGCAUCAUAUCGGCGCCAAAGAUCGCCCGCGACGACGCCAACCUCUCCAAAGGCUACGGCUUCGUCUCCUUCUCCAACUUCGAAGCCUCCGACGAAGCCAUCGCCAACAUGCACGGCCAGUACCUCAUGAACAAAGAAAUCACAGUCCAAUACGCCUACAAAAAGGACGGCAAAGGCGAGCGGCACGGCGACGAAGCGGAGCGCAUGCUCGCCGCCCAAGCCCGCAAACACAACGUCCAGCUCGCACCGCAGCCGCUGCCCCCCCAACUCUUCCAAAGCCCCGCGCCCGCCGCGCCGCAGGCCAUGCUCAACGGCGACGGCCGCGGCAUCAACGGCGCGCCAAAUGCGCCUGCAGGCUUCGGACACCAUGGCGGGCAGGGAUACCAAAGCGUGCCGCCGCCGCGGCCCGUCGCGUCGAAUCCGCUGCCGCCUCCACCGUCGGGCCUUCCGGCGCGGCCACCGCCGUCGCAGGCUGGGUACGGAGGGCCGGCGGGCUUUAUGCCGCCUGGAUUUAAUCCUCCGCAGGGACCGGGAUUCCCGCCUCCUGGCGCGCCGCCGCCGGGGUUCCCAAUGCCAGGUCAGGGGAUGCCGGGGAUGCCGGCGCCGCCGCCCGGAUUUGGGGCGCCGCCUGGGAUGCCGCCGGGAAUGCCGCCGGGGUUUCAGCAGCAGGCUUAUGGGAGGAGAUGA